UUCUCCUUGCAGUCUAGGGGACUCUCAAGAGUGUCCUCCAGCACCACGAUUCAAGCCUACAUAUACUGUACUAAUGGUUAAAUGGAGAUUUUUUCCAGCCCCUUCAAGGUGCCAGGAAUCCUUUGGCUGACUCUUUUUGCCUGUUGUCUGCUCUCUUGUCAAGGCUGCGGUCUUCUUUCCAUUUCAAACAUUGCUUGGAAAAAGCCAGACACGAUCAUGAACAGGACUCCUAGAAACCGUCAGCGCAGGCUGGUCCUAACAGCAUAUGGAGGAUGGUAUUUCCCCCAUGCGCUUCUUCCACUGUAUCUCCAUCUUCUGCUCUCACCCUUUGCCACAGUGAUUCAGCUCACAUUGGCUUCUGUGGUUCUCUUUCCUAUGCCACAACUCUUGCAUGUUCUUCGCUUCCGAUCUGUUCUUCCCACAGAUGUUCACUUCUCCUGCAAGCCGCUUUACUGCUGCGACGGUCUCGGCUCCAGGAGAGGAAACCGCACCAACUUCCACAGUGGCCAUGUAGAAAACUGCCUCAUGGACCCAAAACAGGACAACAGACAACGACAACCCCCACAACGAGUCCUAAAGGAAAUGACCCCUUUUUAAAGAAAAUGUUUCCUUUCUAAGUUCACAAGGAUGGAGCGGUGCCCGAUGAAUGUCACAACGGAUAUAUUUCGAUGCAACUCCAGCCGGACGCCCAUGGAGUGUUACUUGGUCCUCCGUGGUCCUGCUCAGACUGUCAUCGCUGUGCUGUGUUGCGCCGUUGGGAGCCUUUGCGUUUUGGAGAACUCCUUGGUGCUGUACCUCAUAUUUUCUUCCCCAAAGAUCCGGCAGAAACCUUCUUACCUCUUUCUAAGCAGCCUGGCCUUGGCAGAUACAUUGGCCAGUGUUAUAUUUACUUGUAGCUUUGUUCAUUUCCACGUGUUUGCUGGGACCGACUCCUCCAAGGAGGCCUUCUUGUUGAAGCUCGGAGGAGUCAACGUGGCCUUCACAGCUUCCCUUGGCAGUCUCCUGUUGAUGGCCUUUGACCGGUACAUCUGUAUCUGUAAGCCGUCGUCCUACAAGGCCCUCGUGACGAAGAGAAGAGCCGUGGCAGCUUUGGUGGGUCUAUGGGUGGUCAUCGUGGCCCUCGCUUCCUUCCCUCUUCUGGGAUGGAACUGCUGCAGCCUCGACUCAGCCUGCUCUGAGCUGUUUCCUUUCAUUGAAAACACGUAUUUGUCCAGCUGGAUCGCCUUGGUGGCAGUUCUGGUGGCGGCUAUCGUAUAUGCCUACACCUAUGUCCUGUGGAAGGCUCGCCAACAUGUCUUGUACAUGGAGAAGCACCAGGUGCAAAGCGGCCAGCAGAACACCAAGAUGAGAUUAGAUAUCAUGCUGGCCAAGACGCUCGUGGUCGUGGUGGUCGUUCUGGUGGCUUGCUGGUCGCCAGCCUUGGUUCUCAUGACGUACAGCACCUUUGCGCCGCUGGGCGAGUUCAUCAAGAAAGUGUUUGCCUUCUGCAGCACCUUCUGUCUGGUCAACUCAAUGGUGAAUCCUGCUAUUUAUGCCCUACGGAGCAAAGAAUUAAAUGCUUCUUUGAGAAGAGUCUUCUCCUGUUGCAGAAAGAAGUCGGGCAUCUCUAAGAGUUGCCUAGAAGUAGAAAGCACUCAGAAGACUUUCCCCGUCGAAAACGUUUGCGACGAAUUAAUUGGCAGCGGACCGGUUCCAUGCUCUAAAACAUGUCCACUUGCAUAACUAGGAAUGAAGGCUUUCUCUUCCCAUUUCAAGAGGCUCUAGAACUUUGCUAGAGGAUCAGCUUUUCCAUUGGGUCACUGAUUUCCAAGUUGGAAGGUCGCCUACCAACUGUAUUCUCCUGAUUCUCUUGUAUGGAGAAUUAGUGCUGGGAAAUUGCCCCAGAGGGAGACCCCAGGUGCGAUACAAGGAGA